CUUCUUGUCUUAUUAAUUACAGCUGGUGGUGCAGAGAAUGGUCUCGAGUUCACAAUUGUGAGACCCUUUAACUGGAUUGGACCCAGAAUGGAUUUCAUACCCGGCAUUGAAGGUCCAACUGAGGGUGUUCCAAGGGUUCUAGCAUGCUUUAGUAAUAAUCUCCUGCGGUGUGAGCCACUCAAGCUUGUGGAUGGGGGUGAAUCCCAGAGAACUUUUGUUUAUAUAAAGGAUGCAAUUGAAGCUGUUUUGUUGAUGAUUGAAAAUCCUGCUAGAGCCAAUGGUCACAUUUUUAAUGUGGGCAACCCUAACAAUGAAGUUACAGUCAGGCAGCUUGGUGCAAUGAUGACUGAGGUUUAUUCGAAGGUAAGUGGGGAACCUCCUCUAGAAGUACCUACUGUUGAUGUGAGCUCCAAAGAAUUUUAGAGUGUGGGAUAUGAUGAUAGUGAUAAGAGAAUUCCUGACAUGACCAUAAUCAACAGGCAGCUUGGUUGGGACCCCAAGACUUCGCUUUGGGACUUGCUUGAAUCGACACUGACCUAUCAACAUAGGACAUACGCUGAGGCUGUCAAGCAAGGCAUUGCAAAACCGGCUGCCAACUAAAGCCAAAGGG